GCAGCUUGUUUUGGGUGGAAUUUCAAUAGGUUGCAUUACGACUAAGGAGCUGGGAACUGUGAUGCGGUCACUGGGGCAGAAUCCAACUGAGGCUGAGUUGCAGGACAUGAUAAAUGAGGUGGAUGCUGAUGGCAAUGGGACUAUUGACUUUCCAGAAUUCCUCAACCUGAUGGCUCGCAAGAUGAAGGAUACUGACUCAGACGAGGAACUCAAGGAGGCCUUCCGAGUGUUUGACAAGGACCAAAAUGGCUUCAUCUCAGCUGCUGAGCUCCGGCAUGUCAUGACCAACCUUGGUGAGAAGCUAACAGAUGAGGAAGUUGAUGAGAUGAUUCGCGAGGCUGAUGUGGAUGGUGAUGGCCAGAUCAACUAUGAGGAGUUUGUCAAAGUCAUGAUGGCCAAGUGAAUCCCUCAUGAUGACAUAAAAAAUGAGGAAAUUGCAUGGCAGAUAAGCAGUAAAAUGUCAUCCCAUUCCCUCUUAUGCAGGUAGUUUAUCUGGAUAGCUGUAGUUAUGAAACAAACAGGGACGACUCUAGUGCUCUUUUUGUGUCAUGGAUGGUUGUUUUCAUUACACUAUUCAUCCAUGGUUCUGUGAAUCUGGCCUGUGUUUCUAUCUUGUGAUGUUGGGUUUUGCUUGGAUAUUUAUGUAGACCUAUUUUUUGUUCCCUCUUUUCCUAACUGUUGCAAACUGGAACAACGAAGGCAUCCUCUUGCUUGGCCUUUUCUAUUAAAUUUAUAUUUUAUUGUGUCA